UCCUGUCGCAGCGCGCCGGAAACAGCUCGCCUCACGCGCACAUCACAGCCUGAAGACAUAAUUUAGUGUUAGUCCAGGCGGCAGGCUGUAGACCCCUGUGUGCGUGUGUGUGCAUAAAUUAAGACAAGAUGCUAAAACUGGUAGUAAAACAGCUGAAGAGCCACCCGGCUUUGAUCCCUCUGUUUGUAUUCAUCGGGGGCGGAGCAACCAUGUCGGUGCUCUAUCUCGGCCGACUGGCCCUCAAGAACCCGGACUGCUCGUGGGAUCGCAAAAAUAACCCUGAACCCUGGAACAAACUUGGCCCUAAUGACCAAUACAAGUUCUUCACAGUGAACAUGGACUACUCCAAGCUGAAGAAGGACAGACCUGACUUCUAAACCUGCUCUAGGUUUAUAUAAAUGGCACAGUAUGAAAUCCAAGAGCUGCCAUUUCUGAGAAAAGAAAGAACGCAUUCACGAUGCUUUCAUACACGCUGUACACAUUCAUACAGAAGAAAACACUUCAACCUGCUUUCUUAACCAGAAAUGGUUUGGUCAGGAAAUAUACUGUAUAAAAUAUGUAUGAUUCCUAGAAUCACGGAAAAGGUAUGUUAAAAUGAUACUGGUUGAUAUUGUUUUCCCAAAAUGAUUUCGUGUUUAUUUUCAGUUUGUAUUAGCCAGGCUUCCACAGUCUCUUAA